AUGGCGCCUGAAACUAUACUCGCGAACUGCAACGAACCGCAGUCAAACACGAAGAACUGGAUCGAACUCAUUCCACUCUUUCCCCACAAGCAAACCGCUAGUCUCACAUCGCGCGUGGACACAAUCAAAGAGACUCUCGCAAACAUCAAGCCAAAGAUCGAUGUUCGGCGUCAGCUGUUGGCUCUUUCGGAAACAAGCGGCAAAUACUGCGCAACAUGCGGUCGCUAUUCAGCAAAAGUCUAUUGCAGCACAUCCUGUCCUCUCCGACGAGGCGACCGUGGAUGGCAUAGAUACGACAAGACUUGGGUGUACUCUGCAAGCCGGGAUGUACAAGUUUUUGAGAAGCUUGAACGCGAUGUCGACACUUGUGGUAGUAAGGCGAACAAGCGAACAGUGGAAGAGUGGGAGGUCACUGCCGCAGAUCUUGUUGAGCGAACAGAAGACUCUCCACAAGGCCAUCCUAUCCGAAAGACGAAGACCGAGUGUCCCGGCUUCGACGAGAACUGGACGUUCGAGGGUCAUUGGGGUAAAGGUCCUGGCAUCGAGAUUGAGCUUGCGCCGGAUGAGGUCAACGAACCUGCCCAAAUAGAGACGUAUGUUGAGUAG